AUGGUACAAAUUAGCGAGGUGAAAGGAAAUGGCCGUGAAAACCGGAUUACUACUCAUUCCCAUAUUAAAGGACUAGGAUUAAAAGAAGAUGGUACCUGCGAAGGCAUUGGUGGUGGAUUUAUUGGACAAGACAAUGCUCGUGAGGCUUGUGGUGUCAUUAUAGACUUAAUUAAAACCAAGAAAUUUGGCGGACGGGGUGUUUUAUUUGCUGGUGGUGCUGGCACCGGUAAAACUGCUUUGGGCUUGGCCAUUGCUCAGGAAUUGGGACCCAAAGUCCCUUUCUGUCCGAUGGUAGGAAGUGAAGUGUAUUCUAGUGAAAUAAAAAAGACCGAGGCUCUUAUGGAAAACUUUCGUCGUGCAAUUGGACUCCGUGUGAAGGAGACCAAGGAAGUGUAUGAAGGUGAAGUUACAGAAUUAGUUCCAGAAGAAGCUGAAAAUCCUUUGGGUGGUUACGGAAAGACCAUUUCACAUGUAAUUCUUGGACUUAAGACUCAUCGUGGUACCAAGCAAUUAAAACUCGACCCUAGUAUUUAUGAAUCUUUGCAAAAGGAACAGGUUUCCACGGGAGAUGUGAUCUACAUUGAGGCCAAUACUGGUGCCGUUAAACGCGUUGGUCGAAGCGAUGCAUAUGCAACCGAAUUCGAUUUGGAAGCUGAAGAAUACGUUCCUAUGCCCAAGGGCGAGGUUCACAAGCGUAAAGAAAUUGUUCAAGAUGUUACAUUGCACGAUUUGGAUGUUGCCAAUGCUCGUCCUCAAGGAGGUCAGGACAUUAUGUCUAUGAUGGGACAACUCAUGAAACCCAAAAAGACUGAAAUUACCGACAAGCUUCGUUCUGAAAUCAACAAGGUGGUCAAUAGAUACAUUGAGCAAGGAAUUGCAGAAUUGAUUCCUGGUGUCCUAUUUAUUGAUGAAGUCCACAUGUUAGACAUUGAAUGCUUUACUUACCUUAACCAAGCUUUAGAAAGUACCAUUUCUCCUAUCGUCAUAUUUGCAUCCAACCGAGGCAUGUGCACCAUUCGUGGUACUGAAGACAUCCAAGCACCCCAUGGCAUUCCUACCGAUUUACUAGACCGUUUGUUAAUUGUUCGUACAUUACCGUACACGGAAGAGCAAAUUCGCUCCAUUUUGGAAAUCCGUGGUAAGGUUGAAAAUAUCAAACUCAGUGACACUUGCCUUGACAAAUUGGCAAAAGAAGGAGCCAAGUCUAGUUUGCGCUAUGUAAUUCAACUGCUGACGCCAGCCAGCAUUAUUGCAAACUUGCAUAGUAGCGAAGAAAUUGGUGUGGAACAUAUUGAUGAGUGUUAUGACUUGUUUUUGGAUGCUCGUCGGUCAGCUCGUGUUUCUCAAACAUCUGCUGGAUUCCUUCAGUAA